AUGUUGGACAACAUGUCCAGACGUUCUCGCUCCAUGCUUUCUCUUUUCCUGACCUCCCUCGCUCUGGCAUUAUCUGUGCUGGCUUUCUGCACAUCAUACUGGUGUGAGGGAACGCACAAGGUGGUCAAACCUCUCUGUCUUUCACCUGUCAAGAUGAAGAACUGCGGCCAGAACAACAGCGAGCCCUACACUACAGAUAGUCCCACCCCAGACCCUCGGGGUCCAUCCAAUAGAACAAUAUCACCAAAGCGAAGGGAGGAACUUGCGAAAAUUCGACAGAGGCAGCUGGCUAAUGCAGUCCACUACAUUUGGGAAACAGGAGAAGACAAGUACACUUUCCGAUAUUUCCACACAGGAUUUUGGGAAUCUUGUGAAAAGCAUGCUGAUGGAGAACGUUGCCGCAGGUUCUUAGAUCUUACCCCGGGAGAGACUCAUGGUGUUUUGUGGUUAUCAAUGAUUGCUGAGUUCUUAUACAUCAGUUUAUUGGGGAUGGGGUUUCUACUCAUGUGGGUGGAAGUCUUGUGCUCUCAUAAAGAAAUGCAUGCACUCAAAAUCAACGCCUUCGCAGCCAUUUGCAUUGUUCUCUCAGGAUUAUUGGGGAUGGUGGCUCAUAUGAUGUACACCACUGUAUUUCAGCUGACUGUGAUUGUGGGACCUAAAGAUUGGAGACCUCAGACGUGGGACUAUGGCUGGUCAUUUGCGCUGGCAUGGGUGUCUUUCAGCUGCUGCAUGGGUGCUGCAGUUAUGACCCUUAAUUCUUACACAAAAACAGUCAUUGAGCUCCGUCACCGCCAGAGGCUUCGAUUGGAGGAGGCACGUGCCACUAGCCACGCCCCCUCCUAUGAUGAGGUGGUUCCAGGGGGUGGAUUAUACUCUGUCAGCGGCCUGUUACAGUGCCCAGAUGGGAUGAUAGACCCUAUGUGGGAAUCAGAUGGGAACUUGGGAAUGAUGGGACAACGGGAUGUGCCUACCCUUGUGCUGGUUGGCGGGUGUGGAACAGAUGCAUGCGAGGACUGCGAGAGAGAGAUGGAUGAGUUGAAAGAGGCAUUGAAGGGAAAAGACUCCCCUUGUUAAAGCAGAGAAUGAUGUGAAUACAUUCAAUGAGUUAAUAAACUGUUUUUGCAAAAAACCUGAGUGAAUUUUAGCAAGUGUAGCAAGAUUUUUAGGGCAUGUUUUAUCGACAUUCAUGUGGCUGAAAUCUGGACAUGAGAGGAAAGUAGGU